GUGAAACAUGAGUAUUUCCCAAUUCCCAUCUUAGCAUAAAACACGAUGUUCUUUAAAAUGUUAUCUGUUUUUGAUAAGUAAUUAUAGAUAACAACGAAUUAAUCGUGCAACUUUAAAUUUUAAUUGAUCGUUGUUGAGUGUUUCUCUCUCUAUUGGACAUCGCGCGUCUCGAUAAUUUACUAACUACCAUCUCUAUAUAGAAUUUAUUUCGUGUAGUAUUCCAAUUCAUAACGGUUGUAUUUUUGUUGGUCGUGUAAAAAUGGGCGAUUCCAAUAUUUUAAAACCGGGAUCCAUCGUUGGAUUCUGCAAUCCAUUGUUGGACAUGAUUGUUGUUGGAGAUCAAAAUUUAUUAGACAAAUAUGAUUUAAAAAAUAAUAAUGCUAUCUUGGCUGAAGAAAAACAUAUGCCCCUCUAUGAAGAAUUGAUGAAGAAUGAAAAUAUUGAAUAUACUGCUGGAGGCUCAGCUCAAAAUUCUUUAAGGGUGGCUCAGUGGAUUCUGGAAAAGCCUAACGUAGCUGUGUUUUUUGGUGCAGUUGGUAAAGACAAAUACAGUGAGAUUCUGAAACUUAAAGCUAACAAUGAGGGAGUUGAUGUUAAAUAUCAAUACUCUUCAGAAAAACCCACUGGCACCUGUGCAGUUAUUGUCACCAAUAAUGGUAAAGAUAGAUCUUUGUGUGCCAAUUUAUCAGCCGCACAGACUUUUACUGAAAGCCAUUUGGAUGUUCCUGAAAAUAAAGCUAUAAUUGAAAAUGCAAAGUUCUACUUAGUUACGGGUUUUUUCUUACAAGUCAAUGUAAAAGCUGUUCAAAAAAUUGCUAAGAUUGCUUUUGAACGAAAGUGUCCAUUUUUAUUUAAUAUGAGUGCUCCAUUUAUUUAUCAAUUUUAUAUGGAUUCGGUUAUGUCAAUUUUUCGUUAUGUUACCAUUGUAGUCGGAAAUGAUGAAGAAGCCAAAGCUUUUUCUGACGGUCAAAAAUGGAAUUUAACUAACAUUGAUGAAAUUGCAUGUAAAUUAAGUACUUUUGAUAUUGAAAAUGAUAGACAACGUUUGGUUAUUAUAACUCAAGGUGAAAAACCAGUACUCGUUGCUAAAGAUGGAGUUAUUACACAAUAUCCGGUGCCUAAAAUUCCUAUAAGUAAUAUUGUUGAUUCAAAUGGUGCCGGUGAUGCAUUUAUUGGUGGUUUUAUUAGCAAAUAUAUUUUGGAAUGUCCAAUUAAAACCUGUAUAGAAGCUGGAAUUAAUGCAGGAUCAUAUAUUAUACAACAACCAGGAAUGACAAAAGGAGAUUCAUUUAAAAUAUAAAUAUGCUUAUACUAAGCUAUAACAAGCC